CUACUGUACUCUUACUCGUACGCGAUUGCGCAAAACCGAACUCUACUUCCAUCGCUCGUCCCUUCAGCUUCGGAUGAUGUUGCUUACGUGAGUACUGUAUAUACACCGUCGUCGAGUAAAGUACUCGUACUGGUACUCCGUACAUUCAAUUACUCUGUACGGCUACUACGGCACAUCCAUCGCUCUUCUACUCGGUCAAAUUGGCUGUCACUCCGAAUGCGGCGUCGCGAUCGCUUUCUCCACCGUUGUUGAGCGAUGACUUUUCAACCGCCAAGCUAGCGCCAUGGGGAAUGGUGGGGACCCCUUGGGGAGGAUGCUAGCCGUUCAAUCGUUAGCGGGGAUAGCAGCGCUUCAGCCUCUAUCACGUGGAGGGACGUGGAUCCACUCUUCGCUGGCCUGGGCCGUUUUUUGCUUGAGGUUUGGAGAGAGAGGAGCCAAACGGAGAAUACUUCAUCAAAACCCACCACCAGUGCACUCGUACCGUACGGAGGAUAUCCCAAAUGCACGGUAAUGGAGCCGGACGAGCUCCUAAGGCGGUUGCCUGAAUGACAAUAACGGGAUCAGCCCGCUGACAUUUAACAUUGGCGCAAAAGGGUUUGGAGGAAGUCCUUCGAAGGACGGCAUACGAAGUACUUCCAGCUUGAACCUGGACCUCGAGGAAUGGUGAUGGGCAUGGGCAUGGGCAUGGGUGAACGAGUGGAGCCUUCCUGGCCAUCUGAGUGGUGAUUUUCUCUACUAUGAACUAGGUAUAGCUUUGGGCUACACUGGGUCCUUCGGCUGGUGCCUUGCCCUGUACUGGACAUUCUGGGGAUCUGGAGACUGGACGACUUGUCGGGGUGGAGACUGGAGACUGGGCACUGGGCACUGGGCACUGGAUACCCUGGGUUGUGGGGAAAGCGAAUCAAGCGAGUCUGAGGUCGGAGGUCUCAUGGCUCACGAUUGUAAAUUUACAGUACUUCGAAGUAUCUUGCUGGCUCCACUCUCACUUAGAGUGGAUCAUUUCCCAUGUCUUUUCAAAAGGUUGUUUUGUUUAUCGUCCGUUCGGUCGUUCGCCUGUGCGAAUGCUCUCAAACUCUGCACCAGCCCUAGGAUUUAUAUAUAACAUCCUCUCCCCCUUCCUCCCACACUCUCCUCACACCUUUCUUCCACUUCAUCCACUGCGGUUUGCUUUCAUUACGCAAACGCUUCCGGAACCAUGGCUGACCUAAUAAAUCGGUAUGUAUCCACCCCCGAUGUGGUACUGAGAUUACUCUAUACUGACCUUUGCCUAGCGACAAUGAGAAGGCUCCUCCUGCCCCUCAUAUUGACCUGAACGAAAACCUUGGAGCAAAGUAAGUACCUCUCAAAAGUUGGUCUUUCAAUUCCUGGUGGGCCGAUACAUCAGAAGUCUCGUUGAGCUUUCUAUGUGGGAAUCAUAGAUGCCGAGCUCUGAUCACGAGACAUAUUUGCAGAGUGCACAUUUUGGGAUCAUUAUACUAAUCAAAUAUUAGGAUCCGAAAUCCUCUCAUUGGAAUUCCUUAUGAUCAGCUCCUUUCGAACGUGACCGAAUUUGCCCAGAGCAAGAACCUGGAGGAACACCUUCCUCUUCUCAAGAAGGGAGCAUUGAUCGCCCAGGAUCCAGCGAAUUAUGAGGAUAUCACAGGCGAACACGCUCUGUCGCAAGAGGAAAUCGAUGCCCUUCGAGAUGAAGUUCUACACAAAUGGAGGCAUCCAUACGCCUUGUACAUGACUGUCGCUACUUGCUCCAUUGGAGCAGCAGUUCAGGGAUGGGAUCAGACAGGUAGCAACGGUGCCAAUCUCUCUUUCCCACAGGUCUUUGGCAUUGGUUCACACUCAAUCCACGAUACACUUCUGGUUGGUCUCGUUAACGCGGGACCUUAUAUUGGCUCUGCUCUCCUUGGUUGUUGGCUCUCGGACCCUUGCAAUUACUACACUGGACGUCGCGGUACCAUCUUCAUCGCCGGAAUCUUCUGUUUACUUCCUAUCUUCGGUUCAGCACUUAGUCAAACUUGGCCACAAUUGUUGGUUAACCGUCUGCUUCUUGGUAUUGGAAUGGGUUUGAAAGGAUCAACUGUGCCGAUUUUUGCCGCCGAAAAUAGUCCCGCUGCGAUUAGAGGUGCCCUGGUCAUGUCAUGGCAACUUUGGACAGCUUUUGGAAUUUUCCUGGGAUUCGGUGCCAAUCUUGCAAUGGUAAAUGUCGGAAAAUAUGCGUGGAGAUACCAGCUUGGUUCUGCAUUCAUCCCGGCUAUUCCACUUCUUUUCAUGAUCUACCUUUGCCCGGAGUCUCCUAGAUGGUAUAUGAGUAAGUCCUCCAGAAUUUUUUUUGUGAAAAUCGGAGCUAACAGCCUCUAGAAAAGGGCAAAUAUGUUCCCGCCAUGACUGGAUUACUGAAACUGCGAAACAAUCCAGUUCUAGCUGCUCGUGACUUGUACUAUAUCCACUGUCAAUUGGAGGUUGAGAAAGAGAUUAUCGGAGAGAGCAACUACUUCAGUCGCUUCGCUCAACUUUUCACCAUUCCACGUGUUCGUCGCGCUACUCUUGCAUCAUUCGUCGUUAUGAUUGGCCAGCAAAUGUGUGGUAUCAACAUCAUCGCCUUUUACUCGUCUUCCAUCUUUAUCGAAUCCGGAUUCACCAGUUUCCAAGCUCUCUUUGCUUCCUUCGGGUUCGGAGCAAUCAACUUCGUCUUUGCUUUCCCUGCCAUCUGGACCAUUGAUACCUUUGGACGUCGUGCACUCCUGCUUUUCACGUUCCCCAACAUGGCAUGGUCUCUCCUUGCCGCUGGUCUCUGUGCAUUGAUUCCAAUUGAGAACAAAGCACACUUGGGAUUGGUCGCCGUGUUCAUCUACAUCUUUGCCAUCUUCUAUUCUCCUGGAGAAGGACCAGUUCCUUUCACCUACUCUGCCGAGGUCUUCCCUCUUUCCCACAGAGAGAUUGGAAUGGGUUUUGCCGUUGCAACUAACCUCUUCUGGGCCACCAUUCUCACCAUGUUCCUCCCUCUCAUGUUGUCAUCUAUGGGCACGACCGGUGUCUUCUGCUUCUACGCCGGUACCAACAUCCUCGCCUUCAUCAUGAUCUUCUUCUGGGUUCCUGAGACGAAACAGAGAACUCUUGAGGAAUUGGAUUACAUCUUUGCCGUUCCCACCCGAACUCAUAUGCACUAUCAGCUUACCAAGGCACUGCCAUGGUGGUUCAAGCGAUGGGUGUUACUCAACAAGGACGCCGUCUUGGAGCCUCUUUACAACUUCGACACUUCCACCAAUGAUGACCAAAUCGAGCGUCUUUACGCUGCCGACAAGGUUCGCGCGGACAAGAAGGCUGCAGCGGCCGCUCAGGACCAGAUUGAGAACCGAGGAGAAAGUAGCGACGAGAUUGUCAACGAGAAAUUGUGAUUGAAUGAUGGUUUUUAAUGACAGGAAGGAUGGGAAAGGAAGAUACCCCGAAGAUCGGACAAACUUUCUUUACACAUAAUUGAUGAUCUUAUAAUUAGUCUGCGUAUUCCCCUGUUUUGCUUUGGAUUUUGGAUAUACGACAUUACAUUCUUGUAUCAGGGCUCCUCUUGGAUGAGAGGAUAGGUAAAUACAUGAAUGGAUGGAGAUAUCAACACAGAUAGG